AGCCGCCUGGCGCUCAUGCAGGUUCGUCACUCCGCUGCCGUCGCACUGCCUUGCUUCCCCACUAAGAAUUUCCGGCGUCUCCGUUGCUGACGACGAUGCCAGAGCGAGCGCGAUGUGGGAUCCUCCCGCAGCGCCGGACGCAGCUGCUUUGGCCUACGUGCACCGCCGUGCCGCCGUGUACCUUUCUCGCACGCGCUGUCUCCCGAGCUCUGUUCGACCCUUCUAAGGAUGCUGCGUUUGCAAUUCGAUGGCUCGUCGCUCCUAGUCAACUCGAUCUCCUGAACUCCACGAUCACGAUCGCGAUCGUACCACGACUUCCGAUUGCGAGACCACUUCCCCCGGAAGCAACCCGGAAAUCCCGCUCAGGCCUGCACUCCAUGCUUGCAUCGCCGCCUACCGUCCCGCGCAUAACUCCUCGGUGGUGCAACAGGCGCGGUGGGGCAUCGGCGAGCCAGCUCAGCUCCUGUGGGCCGACAUGUCAUCAUCACUCGGCCGCCUGGCUUGACUUCCCGGUGCCUGCCGGCGGCGUUUCAUUCGGUCCCAUCUCAGACGCUUCCUUCGGGGUCAUGCGGCCUGGCCUGGGCCCGCUCACUGGCCCCCCAACUGCUGCGGUCGGAAUUCCCUGCCCACUCUGCUUUGAAAUCUGGCGUCUCCGCGGCGACACGGAUGCCAGGCCGGCAGCCUGCAGCUAGGGCACCGGCUCAGCCCCGCAACUGCGGAUGGGCGCGACGCUAUGCGAGGCGCAUCCUUGCCAGGGAGAUGACGUGGCGUCAUGAGAUCGGCUCGGUGGAUAGUCGUCUUUGUGGCUUAC